ACAGAAUCGUAAGGCUGAAAGCAUGGGAAGGUUUGCCUCCUGAUAGCGACGAGAAGCCACCAGACGGAGUAAAAUAUAUUUUAACACCAGUUGCUCUCCAGGCAGAAGAGAGCAUUAAGGCUUGGAUUUGUUGUCCUUCAAAAACUGUUCUCAGAGGGGAAAUAAUGACACCAAAUUCAGAGUAUGACUGCAGAUUGAAAUUAAGGGCUGGUAUGGUACUUUAUAGAAUAAAGCUGUUUACCGAAUAUUUAGAAUGAGAAUUUUGCGAACUUACUGAAUUACAGGGGCCAGUUGUAUAAAAAAUGUUACCCACUUUCAACUCCCAGUUUUGUAGUUAAAUAUUGGUUAACAGUUUUAAGCACGUAGUUAAAUUAGUUGUACAAAAAAGUUGUUAGUGUUGAGAAACAAAGCUAUUUCGACCAAACAGCUGUAUUUCGGAAAUCUAACGCAAAAACUUUGCCGGGUUUACCCUUAAUUUAGGAGGAAUAUUCCAACGCAUCGCUCAUCAAAAUUCAUUUCGUGCCGAAAACUUCAUUACGUGAACACACUUGACGAUUUCACAGACAUAUAUAUCCAGGGCCGGUUCCCAAUAGAAGCCUGUACCCGGCAAAUUUGCCGCCUAUACCCGGCAAAUUUGCCGCCUAUACCAUGGACAAUCGCUGGUUGUUUCUCGAAAUUAUUACCUAAAUUAUUUCCUUACCACAGAAAUGUCGAGGGAAAAGUAAAGUGAAAAUUAUCACCAUAAACUAAGCUAAGGUUAGCACCAAAGGCAAGCACUUCAUUGCUUCACUCGUUAUAUAUAUACGUGAUGACGCAAAAUGUGGUUUCAUAAAGGUCCGAUAUUUUCCAAAACAACUCUCCAGGUUUCAAAAUCUUCACGGACAGGCACCCUCGGAGCCCCUUGGUGAGUGGUGCCUUCGAUACCACAUGUAGCCGCCUAUACUUCUAUAAAAACGUUUCAUCUUAAAUUCUAUUGAGACCCCUGAAUAUCGAUUUGAUUUUUCUGCUGUUCCGAUUUAUUCUAUUUUCGGACUGUUAAGCGUGUCACUUAAUUAACCUGUUUCACGCCGUCAUUCUUGGGUGGCAUUUCAGGCGAAGUCUGGGAAAUAAGUCCACAUAACAGCGACUUUUUAUAUUUUUUUAGACGAAUGAUAGUAAAUUUGCUUUGUAAAUAGCUAGUUUAUUUUGAAAAAUUGUUUUUCACAUUGUUUUAAUUGUCUGCAUUGGUUAUCGAGAAUUAGAUGCCACCAAAAAAUGGAGGAUAUUCCGUCAUCGUGAGAAAGGCUAAUUUACCACGAGAGUCACAUAUGUUCAUAUCGUAGAUAAACGUGUGCACAUGCGUCAAUCUUGACUGAAAUUUGCCUUGCGAACUUGCUGUGAAAGGGUUUCCCUAAGACUCAAAGGUCAAUAAGGAGCGAUUUUCUUGUGUACCACCACAAAUUGCGGCCACAAAUUGACACAUAAGAAGAGCUAGUCAAUUCAUCUUAACUGAGAAUAAGUAUGCUGACCUGCGCUGUAUAACUAUGAGGCAAGCUGAUGAAUUGUCUUGUUAAAUAUAAGUUAAAAUAAAACAAGUUCAAAAAUGUGCAAAAAUUUGUAAUCAGCGUAUAAAUGGCAAUUUUUCGGUCAAUUUCCCGUCGUUUUUUCCAGCAUACAAAAUAAUAUUAAAUGUGUCAACCUAAAAACUAGACAUAAUUAUAUUUUGCACGUUUAAAUUAAGAAAUAGUAUAAUGCAAGGUAGGGCUUCUUUUGACAUACAAACUAGUUGUGCUAAAUCCCUCAAUCCCAGCCCUCAUGUUGUGCAUGAAAAUGCAAAAAAUCAACGUCCAAAGGCUUGAAAAUGGGAACAUUUUUUAUCUUUGAACUUUGGGCUUUUGUAGUUCACCGCCUUCUAGUUAUGUCUUUCCCUCUUCCUUGACUAAUCAUUAAAGAAACCCUGCAUGACGUAAAAAGUGAACCAAAGCUGCGUGACUGUCGAUAAAUUUAACGUGUAAAAAACUCUUUAAUUCAGCUAUACGCAAGGGUACUUUCUGUAGAUUCAUUUCAUUCGAACUUUUUGUAUCUUUUUUAGCGUAGAAUUAAUAACUGUUGCGUUGAAAAUAAUUAAACUUAAUAUUAUUUACUGAAAGAUUGAGGAUAGUGAGACCCUUUGGAUUCUUUAAUAGAAACGGAUUCUUUAGUUGAGAAAUGUAACCAAAUUAAUCUGUCAUUCAGAAUGGAAAAUAGAACUUUGACAAAUUUUAAAAUGUGAACUUGUUAUAUAAAGAUAUAACACCGUGAAAAACAUUUUUGCAUAUACGCGAUGUAUAUAUUAAGAUUAUUAUUACUCUUUAAAUUAUUUAAUUCUGGUAGUUGUAGUUACGUGACGUAAUGAUGUAAGGUCCAAUAAAAUUCUCGUAUUUUUUAUAGGUUCCCGUUAUGUAAUCGACAAAGAUAGCGUUUGUAUUAAAGAAGACUCAAUUUUAUCGAAAUAUCUUUCUAAUUGCAAAUUUGAUGACGCGAAUCAUAGUAUGGAUUUACCAGACGAAAAAGUCCAUGAAAUGCCGGAAGGCUUUGGGUGUAUGUAUUACCGCGAGGCGAAGGAAAGAAUGUUUUCCGCCACUGUUGAUGAAGAGCGUUUCACUGUUACUGUUUUGGACGAAAAGGGAUGGGAUUCAGACUUAUCAGAUAAAAGAGAUCAGAAUCAGGUUGGUAUAUUUAAAUUUUAA